AUGAUAUUAAAAGCAUUGCAACUUCACCCUCUGGCCUCUGAGUCACACGCGCUCACCUCCAGGCACAUUUCUCACGCGAACAAAACUUCUGUUUUCAUUGACGGAAAUGAAGUCGAAGUUUUCCUCAUAAAACAAAAUGAAGAGAAUCUGGUGCCAGAGUCAUCGCGGACAAAGAAGUAUUAUAAUAUGAAUAAAGGAAGCUGGACAGAAGUUAAAAAGGAUGACGGAUGGGUGCCUGGUAUUAUUGUAGAGACAAAAGAGGCAGAUCAAAAUAUGAAGAUGAUUAGAGGGCCCCCCCCCCCCCCCCCCCCCCCCCCCCCCCCCCCCCCCCCCCCCCCCCCCCCCCCCCCCCCCCCCCCCCCCCCCCCCCCCCCCCCCCCCCCCCCCCCCCCCCCCCCCCCCCCCCCCCCCCCCCCCCCCCCCCCCCCCCCCCCCCCCCCCCCCCCCCCCCCCCCCCCCCCCCCCCCCCCCCCCCCCCCCCCCCCCCCCCCCCCCCCCCCCCCCCCCCCCCCCCCCCCCCCCCCCCCCCCCCCCCCCCCCCCCCCCCCCCCCCCCCCCCCCCCCCCCCCCCCCCCCCCCCCCCCCCCUCCCCCCCCCCCCCCCCCCCCCCCCCCCCCCCCCCCCCCCCCCCCCCCCCCCCCCCCCCCCCCCCCCCCCCCCCCCCCCCCCCCCCCCCCCCCCCCCCCCCCCCCCCCCCCCCGCCCCCCCCCCCCCCCCCCCCCCCCCCCCCCCCCCCCCCCCCCCCCCCCCCCCCCCCCCCCCCCCCCCCCCCCCCCCCCCCCCCCCCCCCCCCCCCCCCCCCCCCCCCCCCCCCCCCCCCCCCCCCCCCCCCCCCCCCCCCCCCCCCCCGCCCCCCCCCCCCCCCCCCCCCCCCCCCCCCCCCCCCCCCCCCCCCCCCCCCCCCCCCCCCCCCCCCCCCCCCCCCCCCCCCCCCCCCCCCCCCCCCCCCCCCCCCCCCCCCCCCCCCCCCCCCCCCCCCCCCCCCCCCCCCCCCCCCCCCCCCCCCCCCCCCCCCCCCCCCCCCCCCCCCCCCCCCCACCCCCCCCCCCCCCCCCCCCCCCCCCCCCCCCCCCCCCCCCCCCCCCCCCCCCCCCCCCCCCCCCCCCCCCCCCCCCCCCCCCCCCCCCCCCCCCCCCCCCCCCCCCCCCCCCCCCCCCCCCCCCCCCCCCCCCCCCCCCCCCCCCCCCCCCCCCCCCCCCCCCCCCCCCCCCCCCCCCCCCCCCCCCCCCCCCCCCCCCCCCCCCCCCCCCCCCCCCCCCCCCCCCCCCCCCCCCCCCCCCCCCCCCCCCCCCCCCCCCCCCCCCCCCCCCCCCCCCCCCCCCCCCCCCCCCCCCCCCCCCCCCCCCCCCCCCCCCCCCCCCCCCCCCCCCCCCCCCCCCCCCCCCCCCCCCCCCCCCCCCCCCCCCCCCCCCCCCCCCCCCCCCCCCCCCCCCCCCCCCCCCCCCCCCCCCCCCCCCCCCCCCCCCCCCCCCCCCCCCCCCCCCCCCCCCCCCCCCCCCCCCCCCCCCCCCCCCCCCCCCCCCCCCCCCCCCCCCCCCCCCCCCCCCCCCCCCCCCCCCCCCCCCCCCCCCCCCCCCCCCCCCCCCCCCCCCCCCCCCCCCCCCACCCCCCCCCCCCCCCCCCCCCCCCCCCCCCCCCCCCCCCCCCCCCCCCCCCCCCCCCCCCCCCCCCCCCCCCCCCCCCCCCCCCCCCCCCCCCCCCCCCCCCCCCCCCCCCCCCCCCCCCCCCCCCCCCCCCCCCCCCCCCCCACCCCCCCCCCCCCCCCCCCCACCCCCCACCCCUCCCCCCCCCCCCCCC